UUCCAUUUAAAGCCUGUCACCAGCCUUACUAUUAGGUAAGACAAUCACAUUUAUAGAAUUCUUCUCACUAAUCUCGUGAUCUUUAUCAUUCAAAAACCUUUGCUAGUUCCCACUUUAGUCCUCUCAGAUAUAUAUAGAUAUAGUAGAUAUAUAUAGUAGAACAAUCAAGAAGACAUAAUAAGCAUCCAAAACGAUAGAGUAUCAAAAGAAAACAUGUCAAAAUCUCUAGUAGAACUCGAUUUCUUCCGCAUAGAGAAAGAAAAUUCAUCCUCCUCGCUAUCUUCGUCAAAAUCUCAAUUCCAGAAAUUCCUUCAACAACAACGAGGUAUGCAAAGCGCAGUUUCCAAGUUAAAUCCGGAGCUGUUGAGAACGGUUAUUAACUCCGGAGCUGCAAGUACUAGUAGCAAUAGCAGUGGUCAUUUGGAGCGAAAAUCAUCGUCUACUUUAAUCUUCGAUGAGGUGACAAACGAGUCAGAGAAUCUGUUCUCUUUGGUUCCACCCGCCAUGCCUAAACAAAUGCAAUGUACGUCGGCUGAAACUGGAACACUACGAACAGCUCCAUUAACGAUUUUUUACAACGGGAAGGUGUCCGUAUUUGAUGUUCCCCGUGAUAAGGCGGAGUUUCUAAUGAAACUUGCUGAGAAUAAUAUGAAUAAUGGAAUGAUCCAAUCAUCAUCUUCAUCCAAGAUUACUACAACUAGUGUUGAUCAUUUUACGUUGUGUUCAUCUUCAACGAUGGAUGAACACAAAAACAUUCUUGAUACACUCAACGAAGAUUUGCCAAUUGCUAGAAGGAGAUCGCUGCAAAGAUUUCUUGAAAAACGAAAAGAGAGACUGAGUUUGGUAGCUUCGCCGUACACGUACAUACCAAGCCUUAGCAAGUUCGUAGAAAAGAACAACGGAGUCGGUAGUGAUGGCGGUUCAACCUCAAAAGUUUGAUACAAAUUACAAACAUUGAAGGCCAAGCAGUUGUCAUUUUCCUCGUCUUUACGAGGAUGGAUUAUAUAUAUAUUAGCUUAAUCAGUAUUAUCUAACAACCUUUUAUUAAUAUUCAUUUUGUUUUCUUUAGGAUAGUUUAUUUAUAAAGUCGGUGCUUGUUCUUUAUUUGACUAUUCUAGUGGGGUUUUUUUAUUUGACUAUUCUAGUGGGGUUUUUGGGCACCUAGUUAGUGAGGGUGUGGUCUUUUUUUGUUGGUGACAGUUUUAAGAAAACGUCUGCUACCUCAUUCAUAUAAAAGCAUAUUACAUGUUUUUGAAAUAUAAAUUUAUUUUU